UCCCCUUAUGUCCAUUCUUUUUCCAAAUUAAACAAGAAAUGCAGUUUUCAAGAAACCCCAAAAUCUCCACCCUCAUCCUCGCAUACCUCUUCUUUUUCUCCUCCUCCUCGACCGAAUCAAACCCGAAUGCCGGAGAUCCGGAGCCAAUCCCCACCCCAUGGCCACUGCAAUUCCACUCAAUCCUCUUCAUCAACAUCACCAGCAAGGGCACUCUGCAGAUGAUCGACCUCUGGUACGACUGGCCCAACGGCAGGAACUUCAACAUCAUCCAGAACCAGCUGGGUAACCUCGUCUACGACCUGGAAUGGAACAAUGGGACAUCCUUCAUAUACACGCUGGACUCGAGCCGCGAGUGCCAAGUGUUGGAUGUGCCGGUGGGCAUCCUAAGACCCGACUGGCUUGAUGGGGCGAAUUACCUGGGUCAGAAGUACAUGGAUGGGUUCCUGUGUAAUGUGUGGGAGAAGGUUGAGUUCAUCUGGUACUACGAGGAUGUCGUCUCUAAAAGACCUGUUUAUUGGGCUUUCUACACAGGAAUGGUGGCACAUGUGAUGACAUUUGAAGUGGGAAAAGUUCUGUCGGACCCAAAUUGGCAAGCCCCCGUCUACUGCUUCAACAACUCCACAGUUGAGUAUUUGGGCAGUCCCAUUGUCUCCGAUGCCAUGCCGCUGCCAAGAGCUUUCCAUGUUUCUGUUGCGCUUUAGCCUUUACAUAUUCGUCUUGUGCAUAUCUAACACUUAUUGCAAAUUAUAAAAUAAAAAAUAAAAAAUUCCUCCAAAUGUUUUUGUUUUU